GUUUGAAACAGUUGUGGGAAAUUCGGUACAUACAGUUUCGCCAGUUGAUGGUGUUUGUUGGUGUUCGUGAGGGUUCUGUGAAUUUUAUGGAGACUUUGGUGAGCUAUGAUAGUCCGUUCCUUAAAAGGUUGUUUAUGAUCAAUGGCUUUUGUUCCGGGAUUACCACGUAUGCUAGAAAAACACAAAGACUUGUUUACUCCUAUUUACUUAAUCUCUUAGUCUUUUGUGCUUUAUAAUUCUCAAUUUCACAACCAUUAAAGCAACUAAUUAUUUACCAAUAUGAAUGUCGCUUCAGUUAAACUUGGGGACUCAACAUCUUUGAAAACGAACGGUAAAAAAUCUACUAUGUUUGGAAAAGAGUCACAAACGGAUGAAUUAAAAAAGCUGACUGCAUCUCUUCCAGCAGCAACUUUCGGUAUCGAUGCUUCUAACGAAGCAAGAAGUAUAGACCCACGUCUGACAAAGAAGUUUCAGACAGGCAGGAAAGGAUUUGGGAUUUCAAAGUCAUCUCGUACCCUAUCUGAACCAACCUUACCUGCAACAAAAUCACUGAACUGUAUAACAACGCCUAAUGUAGUUUCUCCUACAUUCGCGAGAUAUAUGCCGUAUUUUCUGUCUUCUUUAGAGAGUUCUUCAGACUCUUCAACAACGGUAUCCACUAUCUCAGUGUCGAACUCAAGUGACGCCUCAAGUAAUACGCGUUUGCCUUUGUCUGCAAGUCAGCUUUCCUUGCCAGAACCGCCUGAUGGUGGUUGGGGAUGGGUUGUCGUAGUGGCUGCCUUUUUUGUGCAUAUGAUCACCGAUGGGGUUAUAGUGUCUUUUGGAGUCCUCAUUGAGUCUCUUAUUGAGGAAUUCCAAGAUUCUUUGAGUGCAACUUCUUGGAUUGGAUCAUUCUCUUACGGUGUUCCGGCACUUGCAGCUCCUUUAUCUUCCUUAUCAAUUAACCGUUUUGGCUGUCGUAUAACAUGCAUGCUUGGUGGAUUAAUUAGUGGCUUAGGUUGCUUCGCGGGGGUCUUUACUAACUCUAUUGUAUCACUAGUCUUCUCGUUUGGAAUCUUAUCUGGUUUGGGCGCCAGCCUGUGUAUCACGUCAGCACUUGUGGUAGUAUCUGUCUAUUUUGAUGACAGAAGAGCGACUGCUACCGGUUUGUCUAUUGCGGGUACAGGUGUGGGCGCACUUAUAUUUGCUCCAAUGGUAGAGAUGCUUUUGAAUAUUUACACUUGGCGGGGAGCAAUGAUGAUCUUGUCAGGAUUUUUCCUUAACAUGAUAGUAUGUGGAGCGCUUAUGCGCCCUGUAGAAACUCACAUUGAAAGACGUCACCGACAGCGCCUUGCUUGGUUGGAACAUCUUGCCCGUGAAUCAGGUUUACCUGCUCCUUUGGAAAGUGCAGAUUAUUUAGACAAAGAUGUGCUUGGUCGUAUCAAUUUACUACGUGACCAUAUGCUAGCACCUCGAAGGGUUACCAUGAGCUACUUACACUCGACAAAUGAGGCAAAUUGGAAAUUAACUUCAGGCGCUGCACAUAGUAAUCUUUCUUCUAGAGGAAACCAUUUUGAGGUUCAGGAGAGUGAUAAAAAUAACUUUGACAACCACUGUCAAGCUCCCGUAACUCAAUCAAAUUUACUACCUAUUCCUGAAGAAUCACCCCUUCUCCAACAUAAAAGUAAUCAAGAUCCAAAUGAACGAAGGAAUACUUCAGCAUUUAAAGUCCGGAAGGGCGAGUUAAGUGAAGCAGUUAAUAAGAACAUUUCCAAUCACUUACAGCCUGAAACAGGUUUUCCAACCGAUGUUCGGGUUUGCCAGAAUAAAAACUUUACAGGUGCUGGAAGUACAGUCGCUGACAAUACCCUGGUUAAGCUAGUCAAUGAGGGCAGAGAAGCUACUGAGAGUUCCAUUCAUGGUAAUAACAAAACUGGUAACCACUCUUCUAAAAGUGGAAAUAGAUGCAUUUCAUAUCCGUUGUUCUGUAAAGAAAAUCAAGCACAUAUAAACAGUGACUUCUAUGAGACCAACUCUCUCAAACUUGCACAUAAUAUCUCUCAAAAUCCUGACCAGCAGAAUGCAUUUUCGCAAAAUUCUUCGUCAGCUGCAUUCAGUACACAUCGCUCCAGACAUGAAAACUCAAUGAGUUUACCUGAUCUGCAUCAUAUUAGAAGAGUAUACAGAUCAACGACUUCUAGUGAGUCUGAGAUAUCACCUUCUCAGUGUUCUCUGACGUACAAUUGUAGCUGUUGCCCUAGUAAAUGGAAAUUCGGAUUAAAAUCAUCAAGUGAAGAUGAAAGCUGCCAAAAUAAAAUGAUCCCAUGUAUUGGGUGUUCAGAAGUAUGCACGAAUAAGCGUGACAUAUUUCACCGCUUUUUCGACCUGCGACUUUUUAGAAGAUCUACCUUUGCGUUGUUUAUGGUGUCGAAUUUCCUGCUGUACUUUUGGUACAAUGUUACGUAUUUCUUUAUGGGUGUACGUGCAACCAAUUAUGGGAUUAGUGAAACAGCUGCAGCUCUUUUGUUUUCUGUCCUUGGUGGAGCAAACAUGGUCGGCGAAGUCUUGGCUGGAUUUUUGGCUGAUCGUGAUUGUGUUGAUUCUCUAACUCUCUACUUCUUCAUGAUACUUGCUUGUGGAAUGUCAACGUGUAUGAUGCCGUUCCUAACUACUUUUCUAUCCAUGGCGGCUUAUGCUAGUGUUUUUGGUAUGGGUUUGGCUGCGAAUGAUGCCUUGUGUACUGUUCUGCUGGUGGAAUUUGUUGGGUUACACCGUCUCACAAAUGGACUUGGAAUUUGCUUUUUCUGUCAAGGUGUAGCAAAUAUUUUGGGACCACCUGCGAUUGGUAAGCAUGACUUCAGUUUGAAUAAAUUGUACUUAUAUUUACUUUCGUUGUCUGAAAAAAUUUAUCCUUCAGCUCCAUCGUUUUAAUUUUAGAUGGUGUAAUAUAAAUUAUUCACUCUGAAUACUGUUUCAUCUGUUUCUUAGGUUCUGAAUAGAUCCUACUUCUAACCUUAACCUAGAGUACUUACUGGUGACUGGGAUGCGUUUCGUGCUUGCUAAUUGUAGUGUGUUGUUCAUCAUAUGUGCGCACGUUGGUUUGUAAUGCCACUAGACAAUAAAAAGUGCUGAGCUUGCUACACAGCAAACACAAAUUGUAUGUAGAUUUUAUUUAAAACAAUUGUUCAUGUUAGUGCAUCAUCAAUAGAUUUACGAGAUGAAUAGAGUAAGCACUAUAAAGACUUAAAGAAGACACUCAUCUGUCAGGUUUUACCUUUAGUGGUUUCUUUUCUUUUGUAAAGUUUUUAGGCCUUUGUGUCACUUUCAUUUUUUAAACUACUGUUUAGUAGUCUAAAGUUUUAUCCUAUCUAUUUUGUCUUUACUAGGUUACAACCUACAUCAUAGAUGGAGGCCAGAAUAAGCAUCUCAGUAAUGUGUGCACCAAAUUUACUGGUCAGACCUAAUUAUUCCUGAUUUUUCAAACAUGAUUUCAAGUUCUCACGUGUCCCUUACCAUACUUACAGAGAGCUACAAGAAUUAUAAAUUAUCAGUUCAGAUUCAACACUGCUAAGAAAAUAACUCAAUGCAUUGAUAAGGAAAGGAUGUGUCCAAUUUCUAUUCCGAUAAUCUGAUUGAAGAAUCAAUAUAAGAGUUUGCAUGAAUUGCAUCUGCAGAUUAACAACCUUAUCAACUGACUGUCACUCUAAACGUACAAACCCAAGAUUAUUGUGACUAUGACUUAUUGUGUCACUUCACAUAAUGCAAGCGACUGAACGAAGACGCUUAUGAUCAAAAAUGUGAUAUUUUCAUUUCAUCAUAACAUAAGACCAAAUGGAUUGUUGUGCAGUUCAUGUUCAUCCAGAUAUCAUACCUUUAACAAAGGUGACUAAAAUUGACGCAUAUUUUACUAAACACAGUAUUCAAGAAUCUCGCAUAUUAUAUUAAUUAAACUGGCCUGCCAUUUACAGAACUAUCUCAUCUUUCCAUAGGCCAACUCGAAGCUUACUUAAUUCAUUACCGACUUCAUACCCCUGUGGUAGUAUCCAACAGAGGUGGUCUUUGUUUUCUGUUGAUUAUUAAAUUGUUGGAUUACUGUAGGCUGUCAACUAUCGUCAUCAAUUAAUGCAUCUGAGUGGUUUCUACAGAAUGAGUGUCGUUGUUGUGCUACGGUAAGUGUGUAGUUAAGUCAUUCCUAUAAACAUGUGAAAUUUCCAUGAUCUGGGAGUGCUCUUCUGGCAACCUUUAGUUCCAUACCAUGGUUGUAUGCGCUGAUUUUGGAUGUUCUAAGUGUACGGACAUUAUUACUAUACCUGAUACUAUAUGGUAGCAAGUAUUUUUAAUAUUCAAAUUGCUACCAUGAUUGUCUGGAGAGGUUAGUACACUACUGAACACCUGUCGGUGAGUUCUUAUUCGCAUAUUUUGCGUUUCUUUUUUUCUUUCUAAAAACUAGGAUACAUAAUUGAUCUGACUCAAUCGCAUGAUCCUGCUUUUAUAAUUUCUGGAUUGGGUAUGGUCUUAUCAGCGUUUUCUGUAAUACCUGUAAUUGUCCAACGUUUUCGCCGGAAGAGAGCUCGGCGACUGCGUCGUCUUCAGCAAAAUUGUACUGAAACAAUACUGGAAGUGAAAAAAUAACUCCUUGUGAAUGAUAGUGAUCACAUGACAUUAAAGAAGAGAUAUGUUACCAAAUGUGUAAUAUUAGUGCUCAGAUAUUUCUGUCAAUUUUUAUACAAAUUUAUUGUUUUUAGCUGUUUCACUUCUUAUUAUAGUCCUGUGUAACAAUUAUUUCUUUUGCAUUCAUCUAUUACUACUAGAUUACUUUUUAUUAUUUACUGCAAUGUACUUGGUUGGUUUUAAUUAUUAUACUUUUUAUUUCAAGCUUAAUUAUCUGUGUUAUUUACUUCUCGUCCUGCAAUUCUUUUGUUUUAUCUUGAAGUCGUGAUUAUUAACUCAUUGCUCAUCAUCAGCUGUUACUAAAUAUGUUUACCCACAGCAUUUUGUCAGUUAGAACAAUCGAAUUAUGAGUGCAUUUCUACGCAGAAUGUCAGUUAAAAAUUAAUAUAAAUCUGCGAAAUACUUCAUUUGAAAACAUGAAGUCUUUAGCGAAACUGUUGUUUCAAACUCAUAUAUACUGGCAAGCUCUUCACUGUUACCUAUUCAGUUAUUUUUAUAACUCUUUUCAUUGUUAUUGUCGUCAUCAUUGUUACUAUUUGUGUUUGCCUUUUACCUCUCUCUCUUUUUUGCUCCAAAUUUUUCAUCGCUUUUUUAAAAAUCAUAGUGUGAGUAGUAUAGUAUCAUACUUUUAUUCAACUAUCAAUACAUCUAAUAUACACAAUGUGUCACCUCAGUGGGUGGCGAAUGGUGCUUUCAUGAUCCUGUUUUAUAAAUUGGCUAUGCCUUACUAUGAUUCCUAUAAUUAUUACAGUUAUUACACUCAGUUAUAUUUGUCAUUAUGACCAUGGAUAUCAUUAUUCUUAUUCUUAUUUUUUUGUUGAGGAUAUAACUUAGUACAUUUUGAUUCAGAGAAGAUAAUAUUACGCUAUUUUCGUACAAUACACACAGAAAUACAUUUUGUAUGUAGAUGAAGAAUGAAGGACAGUUUAUUCCAAUCCGGUCUUGUAUUCCUCUUUUACUAGACUUUCCGAUCUCAAUUACAUCAUCACAGAUAGUGAGAUACAUAAAACAUCUGAAUCAUUCAUUUGUCUAUCUACUUUCCUUGAAUAAAUUUUCAUCUAUCAUCAAGAUUUUGCUUGAACAGAAGAUUGCAUGAAGACUGCACCAUCACCCACUUAAAGACAUAUUUUACAAAAUUAGUGAUUAUAGUUUUAUGAUAGAAAAUAUCUUUACAUUCUAUUGAAAUACAAGUUAUUUU